ACGCCAUCGGGGGCCGUCCUCCGCGGCGGCGGCGCGCGGCCUGGGCCUGCGCUUGCCUCCGCGCGCCCCCCGCCCCCCUCUAUGAGGCUGAGGCCGCGGCGGCCGUUAGCGCUGUCGCUCCGGGGCCCGUGGCGGGCGGGGCUCCGGCGGGGCCCGGCCUAGUCCCCACCCCAGCUCGGCUCCCAGCCGCCCGCCCUCCCUCCCUCUCUCCCCGAUGCAGGGGGCCGAACUCCGGGAUGGCGAGGCAGCGGCGGCGGCGGCCGCUUCGUACCGAGUCCUGAGCCGCCUGCUCGGCUAUGGAGAGGCGGCCCCCGAGCCAGGCCCUCCGCCGCCGCCCCCGGGCCAUGGCCCCCCGCCGCCAUCCUUCCUCGCGCGGCCCGGUGCGCGGGGCUCCCGGCCGCCGCAGCUGAUGGUGUUCCGCAACGUGGGCCGGCCGCCGGAGGAGGAGGACGCGGAGGCAGCCCCGCAGCCAGGACCCUCGGAACUGCUGUGUCCCCGGCACCGGUGUGCCCUGGACCCCAAGGCCCUGCCCCCGGGGUUGGCGCUCGAGCGGACCUGGGGCCCGGCGGCUGGACUCGAGGCGCAGCUGGCGGCCCUGGGGCUCCGGCAGCCGGUGGGGCCGGGGGUCAAGGCGGUGGGUGGCUGCUGCCCGUGCCCGUGCCCCCCGCAGCCGCCCGCUCCGCAGCCCCAGCCGCCUGCCGCCACCCCGCAGGCCGGGGAGGACCCCACGGAGACGAGCGACGCGCUGCUGGUCCUGGAGGGCUUGGAGUCGGAGGCCGAGAGCCUGGAGACCAACAGCUGCUCGGAAGAGGAGCUCAGCAGCCCGGGCCGCGGCGGCGGCGGCGGCGGCGGCCGGCUCCUGCUGCAGCCCCCGUGCCCGGAGCUGCCCCCGGCGCCCUUCCCGCUGCAGGACUUGGUCCCUCCGGGGCGCUUGAGUAGAGGGGAGCAGCCGCAGCCGCCUCCCCCGCCGCCGCCGCCUCCGGGGCCCCUCCGGCCGCUCACAGGCCCUUCCCUGAAGGGCUCCCUCAAAACCCGCCUCAGCCGCCUCUUUCGCACCAAGAGCUGCCACGGCGGCGGCUCCGGGGCCGGCAAGAGGCCUGCGGGGGAGCUGGCCGCCUCGGCCGCGAGCCUGACGGACGUGGGGGGCUCCGCGGGCCGCGAGCUGGACGCCGGGAGGAAACCCAGGUUGACAAGAACUCAAAGUGCCUUUUCUCCGGUCUCCUUCAGCCCCCUGUUCACAGGUGAGACAGUAUCGCUUGUGGAUGUGGACAUCUCUCAGCGGGGCCUGGCCUCUCCGCACCCUCCAACUCCCCCUCCUCCUCCGAGAAGAAGCCUCAGCCUCCUAGAUGAUAUCAGUGGGACGCUGCCUACAUCUGUCCUUGUGGCUCCGAUGGGGUCUUCCCUGCAGUCUUUCCCCCUACCUCCGCCUCCUCCACCCCAUGCCCCAGAUGCAUUUCCAAGGAUUGCUCCUAUCCGAGCAGCUGAAUCCCUGCACAGCCAGCCCCCCCAGCACUUCCAGUGUCCCCUCUACCGGCCCGACUCGAGCAGCUUUGCAGCUAGCCUUCGAGAGUUGGAGAAGUGUGGUUGGUAUUGGGGACCAAUGAAUUGGGAAGAUGCAGAGAUGAAGCUGAAAGGGAAACCAGAUGGUUCCUUCCUGGUACGAGACAGCUCUGAUCCUCGUUAUAUCCUGAGCCUCAGUUUUCGAUCACAGGGUAUCACCCACCACACUAGAAUGGAGCACUACAGAGGAACCUUCAGCCUCUGGUGUCAUCCCAAGUUUGAGGAUCGCUGUCAGUCGGUGGUGGAGUUCAUUAAGAGAGCCAUCAUGCACUCCAAGAACGGGAAGUUUCUCUAUUUCUUGAGAUCCAGGGUUCCAGGACUGCCACCAACUCCAGUCCAGCUGCUCUAUCCAGUGUCCCGAUUCAGCAACGUCAAAUCCCUGCAGCACCUUUGCAGAUUCCGAAUCCGACAGCUCGUCCGGAUUGAUCACAUCCCGGAUCUCCCACUGCCUAAACCUCUGAUCUCUUAUAUCCGAAAGUUCUACUACUACGACCCUCAGGAAGAGGCGUACCUGUCUCUAAAGGAAGUGCAGCUUACUUCCAGACAGAAGCAAGAGGUGGAGCCGUCCACGUAGCGAGGGCCCUGCUGGUCACUACUGGGGCAUUUGGUUGCCAAGCUCCAGUUUUGAAGAACCAGAUGAAGGUAUCAUGAAAAGAGGAGUGAGAAAAAACCAAGAGGAAACAGGAAGGAUUGGGAUCCUCUGUGCAAAGACUUUGGUGCCCCUCACCACCCUGGGGCUCGGAAGAAGCACACAACCACACUGUCUGAGUGAGGCUCCAACCUUCCCCAUCCUGCCAUCUGGUGUCUUGGAACUGGAUGAGCUCCUGGAAAACUGGAAGAAGUCUCAACACUGUUCCUUUUUUUGGAUAUUUGUUUUGGAUAUUUACAUUUCUUGGUAUGGAAAACUCAAAGGCAGCUGGGUUUCGCGCCCAUUGGAUUGGAAGUGGUGUGAAGGGUGAGCAGGUCCAAAGGAGGACUGGGGAGGGGAUUGCCAGUGCCGGUCAAACAGCUGGUGCCAAAGGCAGAGUGCGAGUCUUCACCAUUGACCUUGAAGAAGGGGAGAGAAGGAAUCAAGUGCAGAUCAAGUUAGAGUUUCUGAAGGAUGAGAAUCUGCUCCUCUUUAAGCAUAUGUAGCAUCACUAGGAGCAGGGAAGAAAGGAGGUGGGUGGUCUCGGGAGAUGACUGCACAGAGACUGGCAGAUGGCCUCUGCCGGGGGAAGUAGUGACUCCUUGAAUCCUUUUAAUUUAGGAACCUGAUUUUAGAAUCGCCUCUCACAGAAGCUGGAUUUGUUUUAUUUAAUUUUUAAGCUUUGUGACCUCAAGUUAACCUCGUUCUUCCUCCAUCCUCAACCUGUUCCCCAAGAUAACUGUACAUUUCACUCUGGUCAUGGUCACGUCAUUCCUAUUGCUUUCGCCAGCUGUCAAGGCAAUAGUUUUUUUCAUCACCUGAGCAGUAGCACUCCAAUCAUGCUGCUCAAGUUAAUGGAGCAUGCCUCCAGAUUCUUAAUGGCAAACCGUACCCAUGACUUAGGAGCCAGUGUUCCUUACCUCCAGAUGUCUGUCAGCUAAUGAGAGGGACUGGAGGAAGGCUGUGAAACGAAGCUAUCAUGGUUGUGCUCUUCCUGCAGAAAGCUCUCUGGUGUCAGCCAUAGCAGGAUGUCCUUAGAUCAGAGAGGAGGAGGGCGCCUCGUCUCGUGGUUUAUCACUGUUGUCCCCCUUGUGGAAAGGCUUAACUUCCCUGUGUUCUUUCUGGCAACCCAGACAUUUCCCAGAGUCAGAUCCUGUUUGCCCUCCUUUCGUUGGGAUUCUGUCAGAUGCCGAUUUCAGAGUUGCCAGUCUUCCAGUGGACGUGGGAAGGAGGAAGACAAACUCCAGUGUUUUUCAAUGGUCCUCAAUUUUCUCUGAAGCAGGCCAUUGUCAGAUCAUGUAAGAUUAUGCGUUUGCUUUUAUGUAGAGUUACUCUGGGGAAAGGUUUGCUACUAAAAUGUGAAAGUUGAGCUGUUUGGUCUUUACUACUCUUUUGCAGUAGUGUUCCAUUAGACUGCCUCUUUUGCUUCCCCUGUGCUUAUCUGUCUCAUCUCAUUAGAUAAAGUACUGUCAGGUCUGUGGUUUCUUGAUGGCUUGGGGUGAGGCCCAGUGAUUUUGGGCCUCACCCAUAGCUGAGCAGGGAGGAAAUGUGCAUUGUUACUGGCCUGUGAAGAGGUGGCCCACAAAAGGAGCUGUGAACCAUAAACACAGCCCAGCCUCUGGCUUGUUAGAAGGUACCUCUUUCUGGUUUCCAUGGUAGUAUUACCAAUCAGUUAAGACUGUGACCCCAGAAAUGGACUUGACCUGUGAGUCUUUCUUCUUGAGGGUACAGAUUAACUUGCCAUCUUGCAGAAAGUGCCACCCUCACCCCCACCACUGUGGAGCCUGAAGACUGGAAUCCAUUGGGAUCCUUGCGUGGCUGGUGUGCAGCUACCUGGGAUUUUAAAAAAAAAAACCAUUUUGGCUAUAAUUUACAAACUAUUCUUAGUAUUUGUUUGCCUGGCUCUGGGCUAGAUAUUGAGGAAAACACAAGAAGUGGAAGACAUGGUAUCUGGCCUUCAUGGCCUUUUAGAUGACUGCCCCCCAGGAAGCAAUUGGAGAAUGAGGCCCAUGUUUAAAGAAAUUCGGAGUGGUAAGAUCAGGGUAGACAGAUGGUGUAGGAAAGCUGAGGCGGGAGGCUUUGGAUCGUGGGCGAGGGCAGGACAAUAAGCUGAGAAACACAGGAGCCAGAAGCACGGAGGCAGAGAUCUGCAUGGUGCACGGAAUGAGCAGUGCACAGCCCCACGCAGAGCGCAAGCACCUCAGAACCAUCCUCAGUGCGUGGUCUAGACCGGAACUUCCAGGCAUGGGCAGAUCUGACUGCUGAGGGCUUAGGAUUGGGUCCAAGGCCAGAAGCCCCCUGGGUUCCUGCCCAUGGCCAAGGACCUCACUGCUCUCAGGGCAGCCUGGAGGAGGGAGGCAGCUCCCGGACCCUCUGUGGUGCCAGGGUUUCUGUUAGAGAUUUCCUGUGCUCAGGUCCAAACCCUCUGAGGAAGCCCCACCUCACCCCACCUCCUCCCUUCUGCGAAGGACGGUUUUUAUCUGUGUCCGAGAUCUGUCUGUGUUUAGUCACAGCCCAGGCUGCAGCCUAGUCCUUCCUCAGGAGGGUGGGCUAAAGACAGAGGAGUGCAAGGGCGACAGGCUCCACCAGACGUGGAGGAAGAGGUGUGGCAGAGUAAGCUGAGCAGGAGCAGCGAGCCUGUGGUCAGCACUCCCCUUCAUCUCUGUCUGGGCCCACCCCCUCCUCUGCCAAUUCUGGAAUGCAGUCUGCGGAGGGUGCUUACUCCUUUUUGGUCGUAUUUUAAAGUCACAAACUGGAAAAGGCUCACUCCUAGUGACCCCUCACUGAUAGCUCAGUGUGGGGCCAGUCCCCUGAGGCCCUCCACACCUGAGGGAGCCUGUUUCCCCGCCCACUCCUCUGGAACCUUCCUCACUGUGAGCUAGCGACAACUACUGCUACAACUCGCUACUACUUGAAACUCUGUGCUGGGGUAGGAGCCAUGAGUAAGGAGGGUCGGGGGUUGGUGUAGGGACUAGGUAAAUGGGUGACGCUGGGAGUUUGGGACCAUUGGCGAUGACCUUGGCCUGGUCUGCCUGUGCCUCUUACAGUGAAUGUGUAUUCACUGGAGUCUGAGCCGAGGACUGCACCCAUCAGCCUCCCGUGAGGAAAAGCAUGGCCUGAGCUCACCCCAGCCUAUGCUCCUCUGCCUCUUUUCUGCUUUUCAUUUAGUGAUUUUGCAGGCCCCUCAUUAAGGUGGGAAUGAUAAGAUAGCCUCGAACACCCAUGUAGUGCACAUCCAGGAAGAACUGGGAGCAGGGAGGGCGGCCAGUGGUCCCAGAUCUGGGUGUGAGACUGGAGUGGAGCUGAUGCCCUGGGGUGGUUGCUUAUUCCGCUUCACCCAGAGCCCCCGGAAGAGCUGGGCCUGCUAGGAGCCCUCAGGGCUGGGGGGGGGGGUGGACUUUUCCCUUAGGUUCCAUCUGUCUGCCUGCUGCCUCUCCCUUGGCCUUGAGCCCUGAGCUUGGAGUACUGGGCGCUGGGAGAGCCCUGUAGCUGCUGGUGGCAGUGUGAGAGUAGCGUGUACAUGUGUGAGUGUGUGUGUCUUCAUUUGUGGAAGUCUUGUCACCAAUUGGGGUGUUGAGAGCAUCUCCAUUGUGGGGAGACUUGCCAUUUUUCCCCCCCACUUUUAAGAGAAUGACAUGCCCCCUGUCCGUAAGGGAGGAGCUUUUGAGUUAGACAUUUUCCCUAUGGGAAUCCUCUUGGUUUUGUCUUGUGGGGAAGGGGGGAACAGAUGAAUGAUUUUUAUCUCUUAAUUGUCAACACAGCUGUUCUUACACUGAAUUUGUGCUAUUGCAUACAUGUAGCCAUCUUUCUUUUCACUGCAGCAGUGUUUAUUAGUAGUUCAAAAUGAUUUAUUUGCUCCUGGGGAGUAAAACCUUUUUUAUUAAAAAAAGAAAAAGACAAAAAAAAGUGACCCGCCCCCAUGAUCGCGAUCAGAUUAUUGGGCCACAAAGCUCGAGAAGGCAGAGGCAGGUCUGCCAGCCGCCUGCCCUGCCCUGUUUGACAUGGGAGCCUUCCUGUCAGCACGGAAUGACGGGAGCCUGCAGAUGGAGGGCAAAGCCUCGGGAAGAUGGGGUUGGACCGCAGAGACGGGCACUGGGGACUCGGGUGCUGCGGCUAGAAAAAUAGAAUAAUGAAUUGUAUUUAAAAUAUUGACUAAUCUGCCAGAGAAAGACCUUUCUUUACAUGCAGAUUCUAUGUUGUCUUUGUCCUUUUUAUCCCUUCUUGACCUUCCUUGGUGUAGGUGCUGUCCAUUUCUUUCCUGUUUCCUUCCCAUCCUUUCCACCCCCUUCUUCCAUCUCUUUCCCGUCACCUCGACCUCCCGGAAAGCCAGUCCUGCAUGCUGAGUCUGUGACUUGCCUUCACAACCAUUUCAUCUCAUUUUGAGGACACCUGGAACUGCUCCCUCCCCGUCUCCCAGCCCCCCUCCUCUGCAUCAGGGGGAGGCAAAAGGCAGCCAGCCAGCCGUGGCGGAAGACAUGCAUGUCUGGUUGCAGCUGGACUGCGAUCUCAUAGUUGCCCCUGGAAAUAGAGUGCAAGGAAAGCUUAGGGCACUCUUGAUCAGAACCAGGGUAAACCCUAAGCCCCUCCCCAGCUCAGGUGGAGCGGAGGCUGGUCUGACUGCUCCAUCCUUGGUGCUCCGCCCAACAGGGACCCUCCCUCGCUGUUAGGCCCAGAACCUGUUCCAAGGGACAGCGUAACCCAGGCACCAGGCUGUGGGCAGGCCAGGUAUUGGAAUGCCCAGACUGGUGCUGCCUGCGGCCUAGCCACUGCUUGCUUUCUGUGGUUAUUUUUAAGAAGCUCGAGGCAGGUGUCAUUCUGUGCCCGAGUAGUUGCCGAUUAUUCACCAAAGGGGAGCCACACCCCCUGCAGCCACUUCUGUCCUUCAGCCCCACCUGCCGCCCGUAGCCCUGCCUCCUCCAAGCCAAAGCUGGCCUGGCUUCUAUCUUCCCCUUUGGUUUUCCUCCUUUCCUCUCCCUUUUUGGGCUUAAUUUAUUAAAAUAGUUACUGUAUAAUUUAUUUUCAUAAGCUAUAAAAAAUUACUAAAUGGUUUAAAAUAGACUUGCAGGCCAAUCUUAAAUGGGGUGGGAGGGGCUAAGGGUGGGGUGGGCAGAGAUGUUUUGAUAUAAAUGAAACAAAUGCACUUUGGGUGUGUUUUGGUAUUUUUCUGGGCUAGAGGGGGUGGGUGGGAUGUCCCUGUAGAUUAGGUCCAGAAUGGGUUGUCUGUAUAUAUUGUAUUAAUAGGCAUGAUUGAUUCUUGUAAAGGGACAUUAGUAGCUGCUGCAGGUCCUGUUUGGAACCCCAUGUACAAUUCCCAGUUUUUGUAAGUGUCAGUGCGGGAGACAUUUGACUCUUGUGUUUGUAUCUCCUUUUUAUGGUUGCUGUACUGACCCAUGUCUUUUUGGGGAGGGGUGAAAAGAGAUUUGAAAUAAAAAUGUUUAGAAAUUAUUUCA